AUGGACCAGGAAUUGAAAGCGAUCAAAAAGUAUAAGGUAUACGACGCCUCCAAGCCGCAAUGGGUGGACCCUCAAACUCCCGAGGGGAAGCGGAAACUCGAACGCACGGUGGGGUUAAGAUGGCAACACGAUACCGCCGCCGACGGGUCCAAGCUCUCGACUUUGAUUGCUGAGGGUAACAAACAACCCAAGGAGACCUAUGGUAGCGAUAUUUCGGCGCCUACCCUCAGCAUGAAGCUCUUACGCACGAUCAUCAGUUACGCCGUGUACUACCAGAUGCAGUUUCAUAAGGUCGAGGUGAAGCACGCGUUCAUGUACGCCGACCUCGACACCGAAUUGUAUGUCAACCCACCACCUAAAGAUCCCAUACUUGCCGAUAACCGGAUUAAGCUGGGGUUAACGCCGAUCUACAAAUUGAAUAAAGCCAUGCAAGGCUUAAAGCAGUCGCAUGUGCGGUGGUAUGAGCAUUUGCGUAAGUUUAUGGUGGCGAUCGGGUUUAAGACCUCGCCUGACGCCCCCGCGGUGUUUGUGGCUAAUGUCAAUUUCAUCUUUAAUACGAUUAUUGUCGGCGUAUUUGGCGACGAAUUAUUUGUGGUAACCCUCCACCCAGAGAGCUACACCUGGUUUCAAACUCAAUUAAACCGGUACUUUGAAAUCAAAGAGUUUUACCGUCCCAAAAAGUUUAUGGGGCUCGAUAUCUCGUAUGAGAAGGAGAGCGUCAAAAUCUCGAAAAAGACUCAAAUUGAAAAGCUUAUUAAAAAAUAUAGUCUCGACCCUAAAGCCGGUGGUAAGCUCGACUCACCUAUUCCGGCCAAAUUCGACUGGUCUCGCUUCGACGAUAAGGAGAACUUGAUUGCCAAAAUGAGCGAUGACGACCUCGCCGAGGGGAAAAAAUGGAUGAACCUGCGUAUGGGUGCGUUAAAUGACCUCGCCAAUACCUGUCGUGAAGAUAUUUCUAAGUAUGUUGCCAAACUUUCGCAAUUUCAGGACUACCCUCAUUUACUCAUCCAGAGGCUUGUCCAGCGAGUAUUGCUCUACGUGGCUCAAACUCCCGAUAAAGGGGUGCUGUAUAACCGUGCUCUGCUCCACCCAACAAUCAUUAACUGCUGGACGGGCCGCUUUGCUCCUGCUCAGUGCUCCAUAUUGAAAUACUUCAUCUACACUACCGGUAAUAUCACCUGGGGUAGUCGCGAAAUCAAGUCCUCCGCUACCGAAAUGGACGACCGGUUCACUAUUUUAUUUAAGGCGAUGGACGAGAUUUACUGGAUCCGCCGAGUGUGGCUUUUCUUGAAACGUGGUCGCGACGAUAAAGAUUUGCUCACCGACGAAGUGGCGGUGUUGAUUGAUGACGAGGACAUGUUUGACCAUUUUGUCAAUAACGACUAUAAGCUGUCGUCGAAUGAACUUAUGGAUAAGUUCCGCCCGGCGCAGAAGUUGCUUACUUCGCACAAGUGGAUGUUUGGCCCCAUCGACCCGAACCCAGUGUGGAUGGCCGAAGAAGAGUUGAAAGAUAAGCUCGUCAUCUAA